AUGCGAAGCUCAGGCCUGUUGGUGGCUGCGGUCACGGCACUUUGCUCUGCGGCCGCCGAGUCCUCGUCCUCUAGGAGCCAGCACAGGCUGUUUUCUACAGCUUUCGGCUAUCCCGGAGUCAAUAGUACUUACGACUAUGUUGUCGUUGGCGGCGGCACGGCCGGCCUGACUCUGGCCCGACGACUCGCAGCUCACGCUUCCGUCGCCAUUAUCGAGGCCGGCGGCUUCUACGAGGUCGAGACAGGCAAUGCUAGCGUUGUGCCACUUCUCUCCCUGACAGGGCUCGCAUUUCUCGACCCUGCAGAGACCUUUCUCCCACAGCCCCUGGCUGACUGGUCCCUCGUCACAGAGCCUGUUGUCGGCGCCGCAGGCCGCCGUAUUCACUACGCGCAGGGCAAGACGCUCGGCGGGUCAUCCGCCAUCAACACGAUGAGCUACAUCCGGUCCACGCGUGGCGCGUACGAGCGGUGGGCCGAGAUUGUCGGCGAUGACAGCUAUGAAUGGGACGCCAUGCUCCCCUUUCUGAAGAGGUCGGUGCAUCUGACGCCCCCGGACCUGGCCAAGCGCAACUCGACGGCGGCGCCCGUGGUGUACGACCGUUCAGCCUUCGAUCCCGCCGGCGGGCCAAUGCAGGUGUCGUGGAACAACUGGGUCGAUCCGACGCUGGCAUGGAUGGCCAAGGCAGUGGGGCAGGCUGGUUUGCCGCUCAGUGACGAAGGUUUCGUGAGCGGAUCGUUGGUCGGCCAGGGGGCGUGGGUGCCGUCGACGAUCGAUCCCGAGCGGGCGACGCGGUCGUCAGCCGAGACCAGCUUUCUCAGAGAGGCCAUCGAGGAGACGAACCUCAUCGUGUACACCCACACUCUCGCAAAAAACAUACUCUUUGACACAGCGAGCCUGCCCAAGGCGACGGGUGUGUCGGUCAACACAGCCGGCCUGGACUACACGAUCUUGGCGAGAAAGGAGGUCGUCGUAUCUGCUGGCGUCUUUCACUCCCCACAAUUGCUCCUGGUCUCUGGUGUCGGCCCUGUAUCAACUCUACAAUCCCUCUCCAUUCCCGUCGUAGCUGAUCUGCCAGGCGUCGGCCAGAACCUGUGGGAUCCCAUCCAGAUCUUCGUCUCCUAUCAAGCCGAUACCACCUCAGGGCAGGUCCUCACCGCCGACCCGGCUACGGCUCCUCGGUAUCUCGAGCAGUACUUUACCGAUGCCUCCGGGCCCUACAGCUCGGCCGCCGGCUUCCUGGCCGCCGAGCGCGUCCCGCCGAGCUACCGCUCAGGCCUCCGCAGUGAGACCCUCGCGAAACUUUCCUCCUGGCCCGAGGAUGUGCCCGAGCUCGAGUACAUCACCGGCAGCUUCGUCGGCCCCAAUCUGACCACCAUAGCCACAGUGGCCGUCGUCAUGCCUCUGCCCUUCAGCCGCGGCAGCGUGACCAUCUCGUCGCGCGACGCGGCGGACCCGCCCGUCAUCGACCUCGGCUGGUUUGCCGACGACGCCGACCUCGAGCUCGCGCUGGCCGGGCUAAAGCGCCUGCGCAACGACAUUUGGAAUACGCCGGUGGCGCGGCAGCACCGGGUCGGCAAGGAGUUGCUACCUAGCCCGGGGGUGCAAACAGAUAAGCAGAUGCGCGAGUACAUACGCCAGAACGCGAGCCCGAUCUGGCACGCAUGCUCUACGUGCGCCAUGGGCAAGGCCGAGGACGUCGAGGAGGGCAAGGCCGUGGUGGACAGCCACGGCAGAGUGUUUGGGGUUGACGGCCUGCGAGUCGUGGACGCGAGUGCAUUUCCAUUUUCCAUGCCCGGUCAUCCUCAGUCGGCGGUGUACGCGCUUGCAGAGAAGAUUGCUGAGGACAUUAUGAAGAGUGCAUGA